UCUCCUGCUGAGCGACCUCAGCGUGGUAGGAUUUUCAAUUUCAAUGGUUGGCCAUCAUGUUGCUCAGCUCAAACAUCACAAGGAUACAAAGCUUUAUAAUCCUUGGAUUCCCUGGACUUUCACCUCAAUACCAUGGUGCUGCAUCAGCAGUACUUUUUCUUGUCUAUCUAGCGAUUGUAGUAGGAAAUAUUUUUAUUUUAGUUUUUGUCAUCAGUGAAAAAUCACUUCAAAAACCUACAUACUUGAUCUUUUGUCACCUUGCGUUAACUGAUUUAUCAUUUGGCACUGUUACUCUCCCAAAGAUCAUAUCAAAAUAUUGGUUCAAGGAUAGCAUCAUCUCAUUUUUCGGGUGUUUUACACAAAUGUUCUUCGUUCACUAUUUAGGGUCAGUGAUGUCAUUUCUGUUACUGGUAAUGGCUGUUGACAGAUUUAUUGCCAUAUGUAUUCCACUGCGGUAUCCUGUUCUGAUCACAAAUAACAAUAUAUUUGCUCUUUGUGGAUUCGCUUGGUUUAUACCUUUACCUCUAAUGAUCAUCGUAACAUUGCAAGCCCUCGGUUUACCUUACUGUCAAUCAAACACAAUCUUACAGUGCUACUGUGACCACAUCUCGUUAACGAACCAGGCAUGUGGAAAUGAUUUGAAAAUUGUGCAGGUGAUUACUCUCUGUAUCGCAAUGUUUUGUCUUUUGUUGCCUCUUGCAUUCAUCUUGAUUUCCUAUGUUUCUAUUAUUAUUGUCAUUUUAAAAAUGUCUAAUUCUGCAGGGCGCAGCAGAACUUUAGGAACUUGUACUCCACAAAUAUUCAUAACAUGUCUGUUUUAUCUCCCUAGGUGCUUUGUUUAUGUAGCUAAUACUGUAAGGUUUUCUUUUAGUAUAGAUGUUCGUAUUUUAUUAAUUUUGCUUUACAGUCUACUUCCUGCUGCAGUCAACCCAUUGAUAUACUGCCUCAAGACUAGAGAUAUAAAGCGUACUUUGAUGAAGAGAAUAAAAACAAAUAAAAUUAGAGUAGAAUUAAAAAUCCGCAAUAACUGA